AUGAAUAGAAAACUUCGUUGCGGUCGUUUAAUUCGAACAACUGAUGGUAUAUUAAAAGAAGUUGAACUUAAACAUGGUGGCGGCUCUCGUUUUUGCCCUUGGAAUGAUAAAGAUAUGGAUUUUCAGACUGUUCAUGGAAUAGCUCUCAAUCGGUUCGAAUUGAAUGAUCGUAAAUAUAAAACACAAUUGUACGAUUUUAACCAACGUGUAUUAGAUAUUAAUGCAUAUGAAAAUUUUUCUCAAUAUAUCGAACGAUUUGGUUUAAAUACCAAUAGCACAAUACUAUAUUUAUGUACUAUUGAAAGUUUAGCUCAUAAAAAUGAACCACCAACAAAAACCAAAGACACAAUGGUAACAACAAUAACAUCAUCUGAACCUCAUAAAACAGAUGCAAACCAACAGCAAACACAUAAAAGUUCACUUAAAUUUGAAUUUAAAAGAUCUAUCAAUAAUUUAAUAAAACACAUUAACAGUUUAAUGGAACAAAAAGGUCACGAUCAAAUAUUAAUAGAAUUAUUACAAAAUAUUUGUAUAAUAAAAGGUUACAUUUGGUCAACAAUUGAUAAAUUACAAAAACAAUUACGACGAUCACAUGAAUUUAUUCAAUUAAUGCAGAAACAUGACAUUUUACUAUAUACAAAUAAUGUAAAGAAUGCUUGUGACAAAUGUCAAUCGAUACAAGAAUUACUUACAUCGAACAAAAAUAAAUUUAAUCGUAUUCAUAUAUUUUCACCGAUUAUGAACUUAUUUCCCGGCAUUUUACGUAACUUAAAACGAUUGUUGGUAUUAAAUAUAAAUCUAUAUGAUGAACAAUCAUUGAAUGAUGUUAAACGAAAAAUCGUAUCAAUUGAAAAUAAAAUUAGUCAAAUACUUGAUGAACAAGGUGUUAAUAAUUUUAACAUUGAAUUAAAUCAACAAAUUGAGGGAUCAUGCAGAAAAGCAUUUAGAACAAUUGAAUUUCUAUUAGUUAUUCCUAAUCGUUAUCAAAUGCAAGCACAGCAAACCAAUCGAUAUAAAUAUUCGCGUUGGUCAUCGCCUCCUCGUUUAUUCAAUGAAACUAGGCAAUCGAUACCACCUAAAAAACAAAAAUGA